GCUUGUGUUAGAAUCUUUUCUCGGCGGUCACUUGUUGUUUGGAAUUGACUAUAGUAGCAUUACGCGCCAAAUUGCUGAUUUCGUAUUACGUUGUUAAAUAGAACAGUGACAGAUACAAGCAAUAUAAGGCCUGUAAAGGCAUUGAUUUAUCUGCUGAUAAUCGAAUGCUGUAUGCUGAACGAUGAGUUUAAAAGUGCUACAGCACCUGCAAAGUCGACCAAUCGCGUCAAUUCUCAAUGUGUCCAGAGAAAAAGAGAGCAUCCGUACAUUGAAGUUGAUCUGUAUCCUCGACUAUGAACUCGAAACAGCCAAUCUGUACCAGGAAAUGGCAGCAAUCCCGCAGCUUGGUGAACGAUUGUUGAAAUUCCAUUCGUUGGGUUCAUUUAAGUACUUCAGCUACAAGUUGGAGAAAUAUUUGUUGGGCAAAAAAUUGUUACGAUGCAAAGUGUGUCAAUUGGUUGGCACAUACGUGACGGUGCUGGAACACAUGGUCAUCAGUCACAAUUUGCAUGCCAACGCCAAAUUGUGCAUGUUUUGCGAGAAGACAAAGUUCAAGACACACAUGUUGCAGAACACGCUCAAUCAAUGCUACGGAAAAUACGUGGAAAAUGAACAGCUGAACGACAUCAAGUACCCGAAAGUAAUCAAAACAUUCUACAAUUUGUUGAGAAAAUUGGCGAAAGAGCUUGACGUGAAAAUCGCCCGGUCGGAAUCGUUUAAAAAUUCAACCAAGAACACCAAUGUCAUGGCCAACGAAAUGGUAGUCUUUACAUGGAAACACGAAAAUCAGAAGGAAAUCAAUCUGUCAGCAAUGGAAACAUUGUACCAGAAGGCAAUGGUACAUUUUUAUCGAGAAGAGUUACACGAAUACCUUGUGUUUGACACAAAUUUGAUCGUACAGACCAAAUUGGAACAAGGCGAUGAGGAUUUAGCGAGCCAAGACCAGAGUUCUGUUUGCUCGAAUCUAACAAUCGAAAUAGAUCCGGUUAAAGUCGAUAUGUCACAAUCCCCGUCUUGUUUCGAAUCGCCGCAUUCGACGAUGCAAUCUGAUAUGCAACAGCCAUCCCCACAGCUUGGAGCUUCGUUGCCAUCGACUGAAACGAAGAAACAGUCCAAAUCGUCAUCAGGCCAAACGUUCUCCGAUUUCAUCGCUUCAGCAUUGGGCCAUAUCAACGAUGAACCACUCAGAGAGCAAGCUAAAUGCGAAAUUCAAAAGGUUGUUACCGAGCUAUUGGCACAAGAUAUGAUCAAAGAAAUUAUCGAAAAUAAAGAAAACCACUGAAUUUUUUUAACGACAUUUUUAUUCAAUAAAUUUUAUUGUGUUUUUUCAUAAAGAAAAAUGUUUGUUCAUUCGUUUUUUUUUUUUGGAAAUC